UAAAUUCUAUAGAACUCUCGAGACACAGCAUCAUUUGAAAUCACCACAACUACAGUCAGACAACAACGGGAUUGUUGGCUAAACUUCAAAAGUCAAUAACGUUUCUGUAGCCUCCGGAAAAUGACACCGAAAAAAGCUCCAGAGAAGGAAACAAAAAGAGAGCAGGAGGACAAUGGUGAUGAGUUAGAGAGGUCACAAAGAAGUGGUGAAGCUCACACUUCAUCAGAUGAUGUUUACCCUAGCACUUCUCAACAAUCUCAGAGUGCUGGGAUCAGAAGGAAUCUGCCUCUACCCAUGAACCUAGCUGUAGCUGUAAGGGCCUUGUCAAGUCACACGUUACCCAUAUGGAAUGCAGAGCUGUGGAGAUCUCAGAAUCAACGUUCAAACCCUGUACAAGGAAGACCACCUGUUUCACAAAAGAAAAGAGUUGGCUCCAAGCUACCAUCUAGGAUGAUUACUGCUAGAAGACAGCCCACCCAUUGUCAGAUCCCCCUCCGACCAGAUUUGGCACAAAUCAAACACUUGAUAACACAGGAGAUUACCUGGAGGGACGGUACACCAGUGAGACCCACAACAUUCAGGCAGGUGACAUCACAGCGGACACCAGGUCCCUCCUCAUUGGCCAGUGGACCACACAGGACAUCAGCAGGGCCUUCGGACACCAGCAAUGCCAGCGGGUCAGUUGUUCACUCAGUAAGAUCUCUGCAGCUUUGCAGCUCCAGCUCGGACUCUUCUCCUUCUCCCACUGGCACAUUACCUUACCGACGCACUACUCCCUCAUUCCGCACACGGCGUUAUCGGAACCAGUUGGAGUGGUACAAGACCCUACGCAGCGAGAUGAAACUGAGGUAUCACAAGAAGAGGUUGGAGCAACUCUACCAGAAGAACAGGAAAUUAGCAAGAGGAGCAAAGUCCUCAGGAGCAGCUCAAACAGAUGGCCCCUCUGGAAGUCAGGCGUUGCGGCCUGUGGACCAAAACGUAACCUCACUUCAGGCAGGAAGUGAAGAAAAGAGGAAGCGAAGCACACGCACAGAGCAAGCCCUGACGGAGGUGAGCCACAUCCCAAACAAGAGGACCCGACGCUCCUGGCGUCGCCAGCUGGAUAGCAGCAGCUCAAACUCCCCUUCCCCUGUCUCUCAAAGUGCCACCUCAGAUAGCAGACAGCCCUCCCCUUCCCCUGUCUCUCAAAGUGCCACCUCAGAUAGCAGACAGCCCGUUGUCCCCCACGCUGCCCCUGGGCCUUCGGGACUCAAACACUGUGUUGACUUGAACCUGUUUCAUAAUAGUUCUCCAACAAAGACUACGCCAUUCAAGGGCAUACAAGGUCAAAGACAAAGUCAUAACCCUGCCAUCUCCAGCUCAGCUAAAGCUGCAAGCACUGAGGUGAAAACUACAAGAACUAAUGGAGUUGUUGGUUCACCAUUAACAAAGACUACAUCACGCAAGGGCGCACAUAGUGAUAGAGAAAGUCAGACCCCUGGCAUUACCAGCUCUGUGAAAGCUAAGAAAUCAGUGGUAAAACCAUUAAAGACGACCAAAGUCUUAUGUAGUGAAAAGGAAAGUCAAACUCUUACCUCCUCCAGCUCUGGUACCAAAGCAACAAGCAACACUGAGGUUCAAUCUUCAAGCACAAAGGCAAUAACUAAAACCCCUGGCAAAAGCAGCAGUUCAAAGGAGAUAAAACUCAAGACAAAAGGAGCAUCUUGCAUCUCCAAAAGCACUGUAACACCUGGGGCAAAACCUAAAACACCCAAGACAAAACAAAACCCUUUGCCAGACACUCCUAGGCCACAGAGGGCAAAGGAUCCAGCCUUGCUUAGUAAAACGCCACUUCAGCCGAGGAAAGGCUUCACCAUCUCAACCAAUGAGUCACAGGUUACCUCUUCCUCCUCCUCCUCCUCCCUCCAACAUCCAGAAAGGCAGAAAAAAAUCAUUCCUGUCAAGAAAAAGGACAAGAGCACUUCAACAAGCAGUCACAAAAAGCUCUCUGCCUCUGCCACAGGGGCUAAUUCUGUAAAAAAUGACCAGUUUAAAAAGCCCAAGCCUUCUUCCGCUAAUGUUGACUCAAAGAAUUCCCUUGAGAAAAGCAAGUUUGUGCUUGAAACACAAGUUGAGGGUCAAGUCACGCAAGCCAGUAAUGAUGAAAAAAGGCCACAUGUUGAACAAAUACAAAUAGCAUCUAAUGCAGACAAGGCACAGGCCUCUGACAGACCUUCCACAAGUUCUGUGCAGCAGGUAGAAUCCUCACCGGACGCCAGAGGUACUCCUGAACACAAGAAGGAGCCUUGGAGCAAAAAGAGGUAUCUGCUUGAGAAGGCUGCCAUGGACACGGCAGCGCAAAGCCCUUCACAUACUCCCAGCAGAGACACAGUGGUCAGACCUGCUCCUAAUCUAGUCAGUGCGGUCAGCCUCCCUCAUACAGACAGCAUAUCUGGAUCCUCAGGGGAAGCCACUGUGAGUCAGACCCAAAUCAGCCCUUUUCCAGCCACCUGCCCUUUGACCCUGAGUGAAAACACAGCUCCUGUCCCUGCUCCUGUCCUGUUCGCAUACCAAGAACCUGCCUACCCUUGGCAGUGUUUUGUCCCCAAACCUGAAUACCGUUUCCUGAGGCAGAUGCAGUCUAAGCAGAAGGUCGGCGGCUCAAAGCGUAGGGGUCGUUUCCCAAAGCCAGACCCACCUGGGCUGAGCUGCAUUUCAUUGAACAGUUUGGCAGGGAUUUCUGCUGCCAGCACCAGCAGCACAACCAGCAGCAGCACCAGCACCACCUGCAGCACCACCAGCAGCAGCAGCAGCAGCACCAGCAGCACCUGCAGCACCACCAGCAGCAGCAGCAGCAGCACCAGCAGCACCUGCAGCACCACCAGCAGCAGCAGCAGCAGCACCAGCAGCAGCAGCAGCAGCAGCACCAGCAGCACCUGCAGCACCACCAGCAGCAGCAGCAGCAGUAGCAGUGUGGCUGAGACAAGGAGAAGCCCAGCAGAGAUUCACGGUUCCCAGCCCUCUGCGGAGACACCAGGCGCCCUCCUGGGUGCACCAUCAAAGGGAGCCCCCCAGGGUUGCCCUUCUUGUCAUGGUUAUGCGGCUGGUUCUGCUAUGACGAAAACAGCCAUGUCUCUGGACUCAGCGCCACAGGGUGCCUCUGAUGGCCACCGACCCCCUCCAGAGGGCUUGCUGGACCAGGGCCCUAAUGAGAGAGAGAGGGAUGAGGAAGAACAUGCAGCUAAUGGUGCAGGAGGCAACUCAGCUGAUGUUCCAGCGUUUGUUCUCCAACAUCAGUCUGGCAUGAGGGUUGACCCGGGAGGUCAAGCCCACCUCAGCGCUCCCCGCGUGCCUAUGCUCGCCUCCGAGCGUCGCCGCGUCAUGAACAGCAUCGUGAGGACCGUGACCUCCAUGCUGGGGAUCGAGCUUCGUCCAGCCGCCUCCCUCACAGUCUCCCCAGCAGGCCACCAGCACCAGCAGCCUAUGCUGAUCCAUCAACCAAACAUGCAUCCAACAUCCAGCCCGAACCAGCGACCUCAAAUGUACUACCACCUCCCGGCACCCCCUCUCCCCAGGCAGAGCCCUCUCCUCCGCGGUCUUAGGCCACCUACUACUGGCGCUGAACAGCCUCCAGUUCUCACUCCAUUCCACACUAUGUUUUCUCAUCCACCAGCUCACCUCAGUGAAAUCCCAGAUGGAAGAGAGCAUGCUUCAGAUUUUAACAGAUUUAAUGUAGAUAUGCCAUAAAAAUGUGAGAAUGCAGAAUUAAAAUUAGGGGUUAUAAUGACAUCAAGAGACACAGUGAUGGAUUACCACCACGGAUGCAAGUUUCAACUCAAAUCAUCACUUCAGUAUAUAUUUUUCUUUUUGGUAUUUUUGUUUACAUUAUUAAACUUUCUGUAUGUAGACAUACUACACACUA